AAGCACGAAUGUCUGAUCAUGAAACUCAAUCCAUUUUAUACUAGAAUUAUAUACAUACAUAUAUAUAUAUAUAUAUAAAUCCGUGGUUGUAGGAGAAUUGUGAGGUGAAACGACGGCAAGAGCUUGCUGCGUAGAAACUAAUGCCAUGCAACAUCAUCUUUUUCGACUACCUCGCGGAAUCUCUCCCUGCCCCGCGCUUCUCCUAAAGGUAACAUCAGAUUCAUUUCUCAAAUCCAUUUCCAUUCAAUUCCAACUAUGGAUUGGACGCCCCGAAUCGAUUCAUUCAUCCAUUCGUUCCUCUUCAUAUUAAUUCCAAUAGUUAGCUACUUUGUUGAUUCCAUUGAGUGGAUCGAGAUUUAAUUUGCUUGUUUGCUUGAGGCGUUUUGAAAAUUGAAUUGUGUGGAUUUGAAUUUGAAUUUGAUUCACCAGGCUCGACGGUUGCCUUGCCUCGCCUGGGAGAACGGCAGGGAAGAAGAUCCACCGACUCACUCUUCGUCGCUAUGUCCACUGAGGAUUCAUCGUCGUCAAAUUCUAAAUCCGAUAAGUCACCGCCUCCGCCUCCUCCGCCGCCGCCGCCGCCGCCUCCUCCUCCUCCACCUCCUGAACACAAGAAAAAGAAGCAAGAUGAUGACGGUGGCGACUCUCCACCUCCGCCGCCGCCUGAUGGAUCUGAUUCUAAUCUCAAAUCACCGCCAAAUGCAUUAACCGAUUCAUCAUCCGGCGAAGGAAGCUCGAGCAACCAAGGCGUCGUGGCAGGAGCGGUCGUCGGCGGCGCAUUGCUACUCGUUGUUCUGGCUCUCCUCUUCAUAUUCUGCGCUAGGAGACGACGACGGAGGAGAAAGCCGCGGGAUUCGGAAUACUACAGCGACGAUUCUGUCGAAAACGGAGGCGGUUACUACAACAACGUUACUCAGAAGAGAAACAACUCCAACUCCAACGAACACUUGGUGAAAUUUCCUCCUCAAUCCGAUCCACCCAGCGCGCAAAUGAAAUUUCCUCCUCAAUCCGAUCCACCCAGCGCGCAAAUGAAAUUUCCUCCCCAAUCCGGUCCACCCAGCGCAGCAAUGAGCUCAGAAUACGGCUGGUCAAAUGGUCCGCCGCCUCCUCCUCCUCCACCAAUGUACAGCACCGAAUUGAGCUCCGCCGGCUUCAGCACUGGCUCGCCCUUGCCGCCUCCUCCCCCUUCGAUGACCAUAGGGUUCAGUCAAAGCAGCUUCGCGUACGAAGAAUUGGCAAAGGCAACCAACGGCUUCGCCCAAUCGAACCUGCUAGGGCAGGGCGGAUUCGGGUACGUCUACAAAGGAGUGCUACCCAACGGGAAGGAACUCGCCGUGAAAUGCCUGAAAAUGAACAACGGGCAGGGAGAGCGGGAGUUCCAGUCUGAGGUGGAAAUCAUUAGCCGCGUCCACCACCGCCAUUUGGUGUCGUUGGUUGGGUACUGCAUUGCAGGUGCACAGAGGAUUCUGGUUUACCAAUUCGUGCCCAAUGGUACACUUGAAUUUCACCUUCACGGACCGGAUCGCCCAGUUAUGGAUUGGCCUACUAGGCUUAAAAUUGCUAUUGGAUCUGCCAAAGGAUUUGCUUAUCUUCAUGAAGACUGUCAUCCUGGCAUCAUCCAUAGAGACAUCAAGGCUGCAAACAUAUUACUAGAUUUUAACAACGUAGCCAAGGUUGCUGAUUUUGGGCUGGCUAAGAUUUCUCAAGAAAACUACACGCAUGUCUCUACUCGAAUAAUGGGAACUUUCGGAUACAUGGCCCCUGAAUAUGCAUCCAGCGGCAAGCUCACCGAGAAGUCUGAUGUCUUCUCUUUCGGGAUAGUGCUUUUGGAGCUGAUAACCGGACGGCGUCCCAUUGAUCGCAUAGAUGGCGAGGACAGCUUAGUCGAUUGGGCCAGACCUAUUCUCAACAUUGCUACGGCUGGGGGAGGGAGCUAUGAAGAGCUGGUGGAUCCUCGACUGGAGAACAACUACGAUCCCUUUGAGAUGCGACGUGCCGUGCACUGUGCUGCUGCUUGCAUUAGGCACUCUGCUAGGCGGCGCCCCAAAAUGAGCCAAAUUGUGCGUGCACUGGAAGGUGAUGUCUCCCUCGAUGACCUGGACAAUACGGUGAAGGAGUCGAGCUCCUCCGGGAUGAACUCUAGAAACAACUCCGAAUACGACCUGAGAAAGCUCGGUGGCAAUAGGAGCCCUGCCAACUAGCCAGCAAUAACAGAUUCACAAAAACUUCAGUAAAUGCUGCUCCAUGAAUCAAAUCAUCGACUGUAAGUUUGCACCUCCGUGGUGAUCGUUGUAGUUGUUAUGAUUCCAGGGAUAGCAGUUUGCUCUAUAUAUAUAUAUAUAUGAAGGUCACAUUAAAGUUAUAAAUACAUGAGGUUGAUUUCGUAUAGAGUACAUAUUAGCUCGGGGGAGUUUUUUCUUUUCUUUUCGAGUCAAUCUGAGG